GAGCACAAAAAGCACUCUCCGCGCUGUGCUUUCAUUUCCCUUCAAAAAGAUCCUUCUAACCUGACGCUGCAGGAGUUCUUGAAGCUGGAUAGAGAACGGAUGAAAAAUGCAGCUAAAAAAGAAAUUUCUCAGAAGGUGACUGAUGUUCAAGGUGCAGCCAAGAUCGUGCGUCGGGAAAUAAUGAGUUUGUCUUCCUAA